ACACACACCUGGUCCACACCAGUUUGUUGGCUUUCACACACGGCGCUGCCGCAGCCGUCGUCUUCUCGUCAUGGCUCUUAUGGGGAAAAAAAGGAAGCUCCUACUCUUGCUCAAAGUGCUAGGUCUGGUGGCAAUCUUCAUGUUAUUCACCAACAGCAACUGGGCCCAAAGCGGGCAUCUGUUUUCCAUUUGGGGCGCUUCGGUUGCGGAUGAUCCUCGGGGGGUGUCGAAGAGGCUAGAGCCCCAGAGAGAGCUAGAGAUGAAGCCGGAGAGGACCGGCGGGAGCGUGGACGACCGUCUGAAGGAGAGGCUCGAUUACUUGGAGGAGAUCGUGUACAAACACCUGAACGGUCUUUCUAAACCUCUGGGCCUGGUGGAGGGCUUCGGGGCUCAGGGGUCAGACGGCGUUCCCUUCACGCUGUCCGCAGACGAGGAGCGCAAAGCUGAAAGUCUGAAGGUAAAGUACGGUUACGACGCUUUCAUGAGUGACAAGAUUUCCCUGGACCGAAAGAUCCCGGACUACAGACCCAGCAAAUGCAAAGAGUACACCUACCCGACGGAUCUCCCCCAGAUCGCCCUCAUCUUCAUCUUCGUCAACGAGGCGCUGUCCGUCAUCCUGCGCUCCAUCCACUCGGCUGUCAAUCACACGCCGGCGCACCUGCUCAAGGAAAUCAUCCUGGUGGACGACUGCAGCGACGACGAGCAGCUAAAAGGACCUCUGGAGGAUUACGUGAAUAAGCGCUACCCCGGUCUGGUCAAGAUCGUCAGGAACCGCAAGAGGGAGGGUCUGAUCCGGGCCAGGAUCGAAGGCUGGAAGGCGGCCACCGCCGAGGUGACGGGAUUCUUCGACGCCCACGUGGAGUUCACGCCCUUCUGGGCCGAGCCGGUCCUGAGCCGGAUCGAGGAGGACCGCACCAGGAUCGUCCUGCCGUCCAUCGACAACAUCAAGUACGACACCUUCGAGGUGGUCUCCUUCGGGCAGCCGGCCCACGGCUACGACUGGCAGCUGUGGUGUAAAUACAUCAAGCCCUCCGAUGCGUGGAGGGCCCUGAAGGACGACUCCGCCCCCAUCAGGAGUCCCGCCAUGAUUGGCUGCUCCUUCGUGGUCCACCGGGUCUACUUUGGCGAGCUGGGCCUCUUCGACCCGGGCAUGGAUGUCUACGGGGGAGAGAACGUGGAGCUGGGCAUCCGGGUGUGGCUGUGCGGGGGCAGCAUGGAGAUGCUGCCGUGUUCCCGCGUGGCUCACAUCGAGCGCUUCAAGAAACCUUACCUGGAAGGCUCCCUGGCGACCAUCAUGCGGCGCAACGGCCUUCGCGUGGCCGAGGUCUGGUUGGACGAAUACAAGCGCAACUUCUACAUGUCCUGGAACAUUCCCAUGGAGAACCACGGCAUCGACUACGGAAACGUCUCCGAGAGGGUGGCGCUCAGAGAGAGACUGCAGUGCAAGAACUUCAAGUGGUACAUAGACAACGUUUACCCUCAGAUGAGGACGCACCAAAACACACUCAUCUAUGGCGUGAUGUACAACUUCAUCGUCAGCAAACUGUGUUUGGACCAGGGAGAAAUGAAAGACCACGCCCCCAUCCUGUUCCCCUGCCACAGCAUGGUUCCUCAGUUGGUGCGCUACACCGCCAACAAACAGCUGUUCUUGGGCAAGCUGGGCAACAGCUACCAGGAUACCCGCUGCCUGGUGGACAUUCCGGCCAACGACGUACCGCAGCUCCUCGACUGCGCCGCCGUCAGCAACGUCAGGCAGACCAAGUGGAAAUUCACACAGGGCGGCGCGGUCCAAAACUUGGCCACGAGGCGCUGCGUGGAGGUGGUGGCGUUGGAAAGCAAGCCCUUCUUCAAGCUGGCCAUGCGGCACUGCUCGGGCCAACGGUGGAACCUGACCAUUCCCGCCGUACGUUUCUGAGUCGACGUCGUCGACUUUGCCGGCCGACUCGCCGGAUCGGGCUCGUCGUCGAUGCUGGCGCUCCCGGACGUUGUCCUGUGUCUCGUCCGGUUUGUUGGGAAAAACAACGUUAAAAAAAAAAGGACAUUUUGACUUCUUCUCAGGAGCUCCAUUUUUUUUUCUGGCAUGGCAUCGUUACAUUUCGCCUCCACUUCUUAAAUGACAACGAAUGUGUUCUCCACUUGUUGAAAUCCAAAUGCUGUCAUUCAUUUGCACCGUUGGAGUGCAGUAAGACAAACACCUCUUAUGGAAAAUAAGAAUAUUACAUGAAAUUCCUCCCUUGAUAAGUGAUAAAUGAUGUCAUCUGGUAGAAAGAAAUGUCAAGUGUCGAUCCCAUUUUAGCCACGAUUAAAAAUUCAUAAUUUUCAUGGGUUUGAACUUGCAAAAGGCACAAUUCCAUUGUCAACACUGUAUUAUUAUGAUGAUCAUUAUUAUUAUUGAGAAGUGAAGUUGGAAAGGAUACAAUCAGACAUGUAUUUUUUGUUUAUUAAAAAAACCUAUAUUUUCAA